AUGACCAAUCUUCAUCCCGCCUACCUGCAUAUCCGAGACGCCCUGCCUGGUGAUGUUGAUGCGUUGGCCGCCAUCAUCCGCUACGCCAUGCCCAUGGACCCGCAGUGGGAUUAUCGCUUCCCUCUGCGCAAGCAGUAUCCUGAGGAUAAUUAUGGCUACACGCGUCUUAUGAUGAAGUCAUUUCUCGAGGCACAGGGAGUCGUCGUUAAAGUGGUGACCUUUCCAGCACCAGGUCUGCCUGAGGAAGACGAAGUUCCCGCUGCCCUCGCAGUGUGGGAGGUGGAACCUGACAAGGACAAGAAGUAUUCCUUGACACCAACAGGAGAUAAAACUGCCCGGCGAGACGCCAACUUUGAGCACAUGGCGGCCUUUGGUAGCACCACGCGGGCAGCCAGGGAGACUUACUUCAACUCGGUCUAUCAAUCACGCCAGCUGCAUUUAAGAAUUCUCGCCACUCUUCCCGAGUUUCAACGCAAAGGAGCAGGAACGGCGCUGUGCAGUCCCUUGGGCCAUGCGCUGUACUCGUCAUUAGGGUUCACCGAUAUUGCUACCAUCACGGUUCAGGUUAAAGAGGAAGAGGAGAAGCUCUCUAUUAGGGUCAUGGUAUAUCCCUACGAGCCUGUUUAUUAG